GAGGCUAUCUAGGGUAAUGGAAGAAGAAUACCUCAAGUGGCAAAGACAUGGGUGGAGCAUUAUGAAAGGGAUCCAAAUCCUGCAAUGGCUGAACUUUUGACUAUGCUGUUUGAGGCAUGUGGAGCUAAAUACCAUAUUGAAAAGGAGUUGGUAAAUGAGACUGAUGUUGAUGAUGUUGUGGUUGCACUUGUUAAUCUAGCUAGAAAUGGUGAAGUGGAAGACCACCAAAGUUUGAAGCGGAAG